GCUAGGGAGCGUUUGGGAGAAGCAUGUCUGAAACGUGUUGUUAAAUACAGUAUAUAAAUUGUGUUUAUACAUACAUUUUUCCAAUUAACAUUUAAUUUUGUAAGGAGUGGAUUUUUAAACAAGUUUAAAAUGGAAAAAUUUUUAAGACCAUGGCAUGCUGGUUAUAAAUAUCCACUAGAAUAUUUUGUGAAACCCUGGAAUGGAGGAUAUAAAUAUGCUAAGAAUUGGCCUGAACAUUAUAAAUGCUUUCUCCAAGAACUCAUGAAGCCAUCAACACCUGUUCAUUAUAAAUAUGAUCCAAGAAAAUGGUAUAAAGAUCCAGAAACUGGAGAAAUUAAAAGAGUUCAAAAUGAACCAAUUCCAGUUAUUUAUCCAAAAGAUGCUGAUAAUGGUAUUUGGGGUGGAGAAGGAAUUAUAAAAGGUUAUAAGAAAAAGCAUCGUUAUCAUACAAGGAUUGCCCAUUGGUGGAUUCCACAGUUAAUUCGUACAAUUGUCUACAGUGAAAUAUUAGAUAAAUAUAUGCGUGUCACUGUUACACCCAGAACUUUGAAAUUGAUUGAUGAUCAUUAUGGAUUUGAUAAUUAUAUUUUAAAGACUCCAGUUCAAGAUCUUAAAUCACAGUUAGCUUUAGAUUUGAGAAGAUUAAUGUUAUUGACUCUAGUUCGUCGUGAAAUGUAUCCUGAUGAUCCAGAGAAACAGGAAAAAAUAUAUAAAAAAUAUGAAGCAUUUAUUAUUCCAGAAGAAGAAGCUGAAUGGUUUGGUCUUUCACUUAGAGAUGCCUUUGAAAAACAAAUAAGUAUAGAAAAGAGUGUGAAACCAGUUCCUUUAAAACAAAUCUACAGAAAAGAAUUGUUUGAAAAGUUAAAAGAAAUGAAAAUAGAAGAGGAAGCUUCAAAAGAAUCAUCAUCAGGUUCCUGGUUAUCUAAUAUAAAGCUAUUUGGAAGACAGUAAAGAUCAAAUCAAGAACAGAUUUACAUUUUGUGAAAAUAAUCAGUAUUGUACAUAUUUUAAAUAAAACAUUGAUUAUUAGUUAAAAUAUAA